AGUGACGUCAUGAGCAGCCGCGUGGAGGCCGCCCGCGACGCCGCCCACGAGGACCGCUGGGAGCGGCGGGAGUCCCGCGAGGAGCGCCCUUCGCUGCGAGCCAAGUCCUCGGGCGGCGCGUCGGUGAUCGUGGUGUCGGAGUCGGGCCGCCUGCUGCGGGCGUCGGCGGCGUCGCUGCCCUCGGUGGCCCGCAGCCUCGGGGGCGGCGGCGGGCGCCUCAGCAGCGCCCAGAUCCUGAAGCGGGAGCCGACGUACCUGGACGCGAAGCGGCGGCAGCGCAUCCGCAGGACGGUGCACCUGAAGUCGCGUCUGCCCGAGGUGGACGCGGCGCAAUCGAAGGCGGACAGCGGCGCGCGGGCGGCCGUGGGCAACGUCAGUGCCUCCGUGAGCGGCGCCGAAGCCACAAGCCCGUCCGACGGCUCCGAGGCCUCGCUGGCCCUGUACAACAACGUGAACGUGCCGAGCCUCGCCUCCGUGCUGGGCCGCCAGGCCGCGCCGCGCCACCACAAGCCCCGGCGGCACCGCCAUGACUCGGGGGCGUCCCCGAAGAGCCGCAAGUACGUGCCCUCCAAGAACUCGGUGAGGCGGCCGCUGCUCAACGCCUCCGUCGCCGACGCCCACGGCAGGGCGGUGUGGAGGGCCCCGCACAUGGCCACGACCUCGCUGCCGGACCCCGUUAAGCCCAAGAUGAGGAGCGCGGGCUGCUGCAGCGGCUGCUGCGCCAAGGUCAGGACGGCGGGGAGCGGCUCCCUGCUCCUGCUGCCCCUCCACUUGCUCGUGCUGGUCCUGCUGCUCUCGUACCUGGUGCUGGGCGCCUUCAUCUUCUCGCAGCUGGAAGCCCGAGGGUCCACCGAGCCGGAAGUGCUCAACGUCCCCAACACCGUCCAACUCCCAGGGGCGCCGCGGGAUCCUGCCAUGAUGGAGGCGCGGAAGGAACUGGUCGAGAGGGUCAUCAACGCGUCGCUGGACAUCUUCCUCGAGAAGAGUCAGGAGGCGAUCAUAGCGGCCAUUUUCACGUCGCAGAGGAUGCAGAAUGCGCUCCGGGCCUUCGAGCUGAGUCGCGGAGUGCAGCUGCCCACGGACGAUGAGCUGGGUCUCCUCAGCCGUAUCGUCUUGGCGGAGUGGAGAAGACACCUGUUCAAUCUUACGGCUCGGUACCAUGCCAUUAUAACACGUAAUGCCCAUGGGCUUAAG